UUGUGCCGGUCCGGUCCCUGCCUCCGCCAGUCCCUGCUCUGUGUGUGUGUGUGUGCGCUUCCGCCCCCCGGGCCCCGUUGAUGAGGAGGAGAGACGAUGAAGGCGGCGAGCUGGAAGUCGAGGCCGCAGCCGGCGGCCGUGUCGGUGUGGGGCCGAGGCCGGCUCCGGCUCCGACAGCGGCUGGGCGGCCUGUGGCAGGACAAGCGCUGGAUCCUCUUCAAACCCCGCUUCACCGUCCCCGUGGCCGCCUGCCUCUGGGUGGCUGAGAUCUGCGUCAACCUCUUGGUCAUCCACAGGGUGCCGUACACGGAGAUUGACUGGAGAGCCUACAUGGAUGAAGUGGAAGGUGUGAUUAAUGGAACAUAUGAUUACACUCAGUUAAAAGGAGACACAGGACCGCUAGUCUAUCCCGCAGGGUUUGUUUAUGUCUUCAUGGUGCUGUAUUACGUCACAGAUCAUGGAGUCAACAUUCGUCUCGCACAGUACAUGUUUGCCAUUUUCUACCUCGUAACACUGCUGCUGGCCUUUAGGAUUUAUAAUCAUACAAAAAAGGUUCCGCCAUUUGUGUUUUUCUUCAUGUGCUGUGCCUCUUAUCGGAUCCAUUCCAUCUUUAUCCUUCGACUCUUUAAUGACCCUAUUGCCAUGAUGGUCCUUUUUUUGGCUGUGAACCUCUUUCUGAACAAUCGGUGGUCGCUAGGCUGUUGCUUCUUUAGUUUAGCUAUUUCCAUAAAGAUGAACAUUUUGCUCUUCGCUCCAGGAUUGUUGUUCCUUCUCCUCUCUGAGUUUGGAUUGGUACGGACCAUCCCAAAGCUGGGCAUCUGUGCUGCAAUACAGGUGGCGCUGGGUUUGCCCUUCCUGAUGGAAAAUCCAAGUGGGUAUGUGGCAAGAGCGUUUGACCUUGGCCGCCAGUUUCUCUUCAAGUGGACAGUGAACUGGCGUUUUCUGCCUGAGAGCAUCUUCCUGAAUCGUUACUUCCAUCUGUCACUGCUGGUGGCACAUCUGACUGUCUUGAUUCUCUUUGCCCUCUGCAAAUGGAACAAAUCUGAGGAGGGAAUACUCUCACUGCUGAAGGCCCCAGAAGAGAGAAAAAUACAGCACCAAACUUUAACAGCAAAUCAAAUUGUGUUUGUUCUCUUCACCUCGAAUUUCAUUGGUAUUUGUUUCAGUCGAUCAUUACACUACCAAUUCUAUGUCUGGUACUUUCAUACUCUGCCCUACCUUUUAUGGAGCACACGGGUGAAAAAACUUGCUCAUCUCCUCAAAGUUCUCAUUUUAGGAUUAAUUGAGAUGUCUUGGAAUACAUACCCGUCAACUGUGUACAGCUCGAUCUCGCUCCAUGUGUGUCAUAUCAUCAUUCUGCUUUCUCUCUGGUAUGGCCACGAUGACCCUGAGGAGGAUACACCAACCGAAGACAAGGAUCUAUUGAAAAAGAAGAAAUGAUUUAUUGGACUUAAAGAUUGUGCUUCGGCGCAGCAAUGAUAAUUUCAUUACGUAAUAUAGCUAAGAAAGAAAAUUAAGGGGAAAAAAUGGUUGCCAGUGACUACCACUCGGAAGUAUUUUAAAGAUUUAUGGACCCAGGGCCACUAAAGACACCAAACCAUUUCACAUGAAUUACAUGCCUAACUUCGAUAUCUGAAUGUCGCUUUGCACCUGCCUGGAGCCCAGUGAGGUUUUUCUUUCUCACUGUCGUUUAAAGUGUGGAGUUCACAGUGCAUUAACUCUGAGAAUGAAUAUGGUGCAACCUGGACGAAUCUGCGGAAUAGUGCAGGUUAAUAGCUUUGGGUCAAUCUUUCUUCACUGUAUGACUUUUCAGUUUCAGAUUAUUUUAUUUUCACUUCCUAGUACCAAAAAAAUAACCCUUCAGAAGAUUUGGGAAUAAAAUCAAUGCCAGUUUCAAGAAUUCACUUUUUAGGUCAUAUUUAAUGACAGAUUAGCUUCAUUUUCGUUGAGAUGCUUAAACAAUGUUUUGGUCUGCUUUGAAAUGAUUGCAUUUGAAUUUUUCUAAUCAAAUGAUGUAUUUUAUUACAGUUUAAUAAAAGUCCAAUUGCACGCGA